AUGAGGUUCACUUCCAUCAUCUGCGUCUGCCUCUCUCUAGGCCUGGCUCUUGGGAUCGUGGCUGUUUAUCCGUCGUUCAAUCAUCUAUUCGGUUCGGUCAAGUUGCGAGCCCUGCCCAAUUCUCCCAAUGGGUAUACACCAACAAAUGUCAGCUGCCCUGCCGACAAGCCUAUCGUUCGCAAUGCAGCUGGACUAUCCGUCAACGAAACGACAUGGCUUGAGUCCCGAAGGCAGGAGACUGUCUUUGCCAUGAAGGGCCGUUUUAGCCAUCUCAACAUGACCUUCUUCGACGCGGUCUCCUACAUCGAGUCGCAUGCCUCAAACAUCUCCGACAUUCCUAACGUGGGAAUUGUCGUGUCUGGUGGAGGCUACCGAGCGUUAUCCAAUGGUGCAGGUGCACUCAAAGCAAUAGAUAGCCGGACUUAUGGGACUACCCGAAUGGGCCAUCUGGGUGGCUUGCUCCAGUCAGCUACAUACUUGUCGGGCUUCUCUGGUGGUGGCUGCCUACUGGGGUCCAUUUAUAUCAAUAAUUUCACCACUGUUUCUGAACUACAGGCCCACAAAGGUGGGGUCUGGAAAUUUCAGAACUCGAUCAUCAAGGGACCAGCGAAGAAAGGUCUCGGGGAUUGGAAUACAGCAGCGUACUACCACAAUUUGGACGAGCUGGUUUCUGGGAAAAAGGAGGCCGGUUUCAACAUCUCUUUCACGGACUACUGGGGUCGCGCAUUGUCGUACCAGCUCAUCAACGCCGAAGAUGGUGGGCCUGGGUAUACGUGGUCCUCAAUCGCAUUGACAGAAGACUUCAAACAGGGAAAGAUGCCUUUGCCUCUGUUGGUUGCUGAUGGACGAAAUCCAGGUGAGACACUCGUCGGAAGCAACUCCACUGUUUAUGAGGUCAAUCCCUGGAAAUUUGGUACAUUUGAUCCAUCAAUAUUUGCCUUCGUGCCCUUGAAAUUUCUCGGGUCUCGGUUCGAUAAUGGCAAAGUAUCUUCCGAUAUUUGUGUUGAGGGCUUUGACAAUGCCGGAUUUAUCAUGGGGACAUCCUCUACGCUCUUUAAUCAGUUCAUCUUACGGCUCAACACCACCGAUGUUCCUGAGAAGCUGAAGUCAAUUCUUGGUGAUCUUCUCCAAGGCCUCGGUAAACAAAGCGAUGACAUUGCAAUCUACUCCCCAAAUCCAUUCUACAACUACGAGUAUGCCACGAUUGCUUACAGAAAUACCCCCAAUCUCAACGUCGUGGACGGUGGAGAGGAUAAACAAAACCUUCCACUCCACCCGUUGAUUCAACCAAUACGCCACGUUGAUGUGAUUUUUGCUGUGGACUCAUCGGCAAGCACCAAGAACAAUUGGCCUAGUGGUAGUCCUCUGGUUGCAACCUACGAACGCAGUCUCAAUUCUUCAGGGAUCGGAAAUGGGACUGUCUUCCCAAGCAUCCCAGACACGAACACAUUCAUCAAUCUCGGCUUGAACACGCGUCCAACCUUCUUCGGUUGUAAUAGUUCAAACCUCACUGGUCCAGCACCACUUGUUGUGUACAUUCCAAACCACCCAUACACCAUGCUCUCAAACAAGUCCACUUUCCAGAUGGAAUACUCGAUUGCCGAAAGAGACGACGUGAUUGAAAAUGGAUACAACGUCAUGACAAUGGGAAAUGGAACCAGAAAAGGAUAUUCUGACUGGUCAACAUGUGCAGGCUGUGCGAUUCUCAGUCGGUCUUUUGAUCGAACUGGUACCAAUGUGCCGGAGGUUUGCAAAGAAUGCUUUGCAAAGUAUUGCUGGAAUGGAACCCGCAACAGCACGGAGCCGGGAUCUUAUGAGCCUGCGUUGAUCGUUGCGAAGAAUUCUGCGGCCAAGGACUCAGCCUCUUAUCUGCUGGCUUUCCUGGCGUCAGUUCUAGUGCUGGGUCCCGUGCUGGGUUAA